CAAACUUAAACCUGAAGAGGCAUCAAAUCAAUAGAGUCUUCUAGAAAAACAAUAACAAGAAGAACUUGAUUCUCUAUUUGAAGAGAUGGAAGAAACAGAAGGAAGAAAAAAAUACAUUUACUGAUUGGUCUGAUAAUGAUUGAGAUUAUGAAAUUGAUGACCAGGAUUUAAACAGGAUUUUGAUUGUAACUCAGACAGCAUCUUAUAUGAGAAAACUUCCUGAAGAUUGAACAGGCAACCACAUAUCUCAGGCAAAACUUACAUCAGAAGUUGCUAAAGUUAUCAAUGAUGGCUUUUAUUACUAUGAGGAAGAUCUGUGGAUGGAUGGAAGAUGAAAAACACACAGCCAUAAAGAGUUCAACAAAGAAAACGACAAGGCUCAGUGCAGGUGCCCUUCUAGUGUCAUGCUGGUCAGUGAUGGAUUCCAGAAAUCCCGGGUCAAGAGCACCCUCUGUCAGCAGUUCAAAUCCUUCACCUUCGGAAGCCGCACCACUUGGGGGAAGCUGUGGAUGUGCUCCUCACCCACUCCCCAAGUUCCAGCACCCUUCUCAUGAACUUUUGAAGGAAAAUGGUUUUACCCAACAAGUGUAUCACAAGUAUCAUCAAAGAUGUCUAAGUGAGAGAAAACGCUUGGGAAUUGGACAGUCCCAAGAAAUGAAUACCCUCUUUCGUUUCUGGUCCUUUUUCCUCAGAGAUCACUUCAAUAAAAAAAUGUAUGAGGAAUUUAAAGAACUUGCUUGGGAAGAUGCAAAAGAAAAUUACAGGUAUGGGUUAGAAUGUCUGUUCAGGUUUUAUAGUUAUGGACUGGAAAAGAAAUUCAGACAAGAAAUUUUUAAGGAUUUCCAAGAAGAAACCAAAAAAGAUUACGAAUCUGGUCAGCUGUAUGGAUUAGAAAAAUUUUGGGCCUAUCUGAAAUAUUCUCAAUCUAAGACACAUUCUGUUGACCCAAAGCUUCAGGAAUACCUCUGUAGUUUUAAGAAGUUAGAAGACUUCCGCAUUGAUCCCCUGCUUAGUGAGAAAUUUGGAAGAAACAGACAUUCAUCUACUUCAGUGGAGGACAGUAAUAGUCACAGGCUUCUGUCUAAUUCCUCCACAAAGCCCCCAAGCACUGUUUCGCUGACAUCCAGCAGGCAGCCUCAGGUGCCAUUAAACUCUCCCAGAAGGCGUGUUUCACGGGAGUCCAGAGGCAGUUCACGCCAGAAUCACGCUGCAUCCGUCUCAGCAAAUGGUGAAAUUCCUGAGAAAUAGACUCUUAGGAAAUUUGUGUGUCCUUGAAGUCAAUAUUUACAUCAGUUUUUGUUUGGAAAAGUCUUCUGAUAUUUAAUUGUGAUACCCAGAAAAAAAGAAUAGUAGCAUUUUAAAAAAGCAAGAUAAAUUGCAAAAUCAUUUUCCCUGGCUUCACAGAUGAAGGAUAGUUUGGUGACCUUUUAUAGGGAUCCUCUAGUAAUGCAUUUUGGUCUCAGUAUUUUAACACACUGUUUACAAUAACAACAUUCCUUACAUAUGUUAAAAACAGCGCAAGGAAUGCCUGUUUUAGUGCGUGCUUCUUAAAGAAGAUACAGUAUGUUGUAUGCAUCUCUUCUGUGGAGCGAGCUCUCGUGAUGACUCAGUUCCCUGUCAAUUCAUAUUUGAACUUGUAUUCAUAGCUUGCAUACGUAUUUUUUAAAUUCAGGAAAAAAAAAUGAAAGCU